CUUUAGAAACAGUGAGCUCAACACUGAAUGAAACUUAAUUUUCGUCGUUUGUAAAGAGCUGCUCGCCUUUUGGAAUAAUAUUCUUGUCUUUCCAGGUGUUGGAUCAGUGGAGGUGAUCAUGGGGAUCAAGGUUCAGCGCCCUCGGUGCUUCCUUGACAUUGGAAUCAGUAAUGUGCUCGUUGGCAGAGUUGUGGUGGAGUUGUUUUCAGACAUCUGUCCCAAAACAUGUGAAAACUUCAGAUGCCUCUGCACAGGUGAGAAAGGCAUUGGUAAAGGAACUCAGAAACCCCUGCACUACAAAGGAUGUCUGUUCCAUCGAGUUGUAAAAGACUUCAUGAUUCAAGGAGGAGACUUCAGUGAAGGCAAUGGAAGAGGAGGGGAAUCCAUCUAUGGAGGCUUUUUUGAAGAUGAAAGCUUUGCUGUUAAACACAACAAGGAGUACCUGCUGUCUAUGGCCAAUAGGGGCAAAGAUACAAAUGGAUCCCAGUUUUUCAUAACGACAAAACCCUCACCACAUCUGGAUGGUGUCCAUGUGGUUUUUGGUCAUGUGAUCUCUGGCCAAGAGGUUGUUCAAACCAUGGAGAACCAGAAAACGGAUCAUAACAGCAAACCAUAUGCUGACGUGAAAGUUUUAAACUGUGGCGAGCUGGUUCCUAAAUCUAAAGCAAAGAAGGAAGGAAAAAAGAGGGAGCGAGCCUCCUCCAGUUCCAGCAGUAGCUCCAGCAACUCUGAAAGCUCCUCAGAUUCCUCCUCUGAUUCUGAAGAAUCUGAGAAAGAAUCCAAGAAGCGGAAAAAGAAGGCAAAAAAACUGAAAAAGAAACAGAAGAAGAAGGACAAGAAAAGGUCAGAGGCGGAAAGUGCUGAGGAGAAAGAACAAGAGGAGGUGGUUACAUCUACUGUACGUCCUGAAGAAAUACCGCCCAUCCCAGAGAACCGAUUCCUCAUGAGGAGAAGUCCCCAGGCUGUCCAGAAGUCAAAAGAGGAGGCUGAAAAGGAUCAGAGAAAUAAAGAGGAAAGGCCAAGAGAGAGUACUGGCAUAACAUAUAAUUCACAGUCAGCAUAUCAUAGAAGACUGGUGAUGACACGAUCUGGCAGGAAGAUAAAAGGCAGAGGUCCAAGGAGGUACCGGACUCCGUCACGCUCUCGUUCAAGGUCUAGGGAUCGUUUUCGGCGCAGUGAAACUCCUCCACACUGGCGUCAGGAGCUGCAGCGACAGAGGAUGAGGGCAGUCACUGGAGAGCGCUGGAUCAAGGGUGACAGAGGUGACAUGAAUGAGGCCAAGGACGAGGCUGCUAAAGCUCCAAGAAGAGAGAGACGAGCCUCCAGCACAAAGCAUGAAAAAACAGCUGAGGGUAAAAAAGACAAGAAAACUCGGUCACAUAGAUCCAAAAGCAAAGAGGAGGAUGCUGUAGAGAAGGAUGAGAAGCAUAGCAAACACACAGCAAAGAAACGAGAUAAAUCUCAAAGUCGCAGUAAAAGCAGAGAAAAGAGCAGGAGGUCAAAAAGCAGAGAUAAAGGUCACAACCCCAAACGUGAUGAGAGGAGAGGUCGCUCGAGGAGCAAAGACCGAAAUAUAAAUAAGAAAGAAAAGGAAUCGGAGUCUGAUCACAGUAAAGAUAGAAAUAAGCGCCAUGAGUCUGAGAAAAAGCAUAAAGAGGACACAAAAGGAAGAAAUGGUGAAAGAACUAGAACAAAGUCAAAAAGCAAAGAAAGAACAACCACAAAAGAUGGGCGCAGAUCAAGCAGCAGAAACAGGGAUAGAGGCGGAACUGCAGCAUCGAAAGACAAAGAAAAACGAGAAAAAGACAGGGAGAGGGGCAGGGAACGUAGCAGGAGUCAGGAAAGACGAUGCAACAGUGAAAGGGAGAAUAAGAGGCGAGGAACGUCCAGGGAUAAGGAACAUCGAACAAGAAGUCCAGACAGAAAUAAAACCAGAGACUCGCACAGAAGCAGGCGCUCCAGAAGUAAGAGUAAUAAGAGAGACCACAGCAAAGAUCGAUCAUCUCAUAGAAAAGACAGAGAAGCCGGCAACCAAAGGAGAAGACGUAGUAGCAGUUCUGAUAGUGACAGAAAUGAUAAAAGGAAAAGUCAAAAGAGCCCAGAUUCCAAAAGAAGAGCUAAUAGUCCCUCCAAAUCCAAAGACAGAAGAAGUCCAGCAAGACCAAGACCAGAUAGUACAAAAGGUAAAGACAAAAAUGACAGCAAGAGGAAUAAAUCAAGCUCUAGCUCCAGCUCUGACAGUGACUGAGCCCGUAAUGGUGUCCUAAAGGAAUAAAUUGGGAUUUUGUCCCUCUUUUAUACCUACUACCCACGUAAUAUGCAGCAACAGCUUCUUAUCUAGAGUUGGACAUAUUAACAUUCCUCAUUCAGUGCAAAAAAAAAACCCACAUCACAGUUCAGCCAAAGCUAACAUGAA